GCUUUUUUGUAAUCUUGCAGGCUACCAAAGAAAUAUUAGUAGAAUUUUUUUUUCCCAUUUUGUCUCGCUGAAUAUGACAAAUGUGGGGAAAAUCUCUGUACAAGUCGGCCCUGAGAACUCUGGAUGUGGUACCAGUGCAGCAAACAAACAAAGUCUAGAAAAGGCCAUGUGUUUCACUACUGGCCAGGAAGAAGAAACUGCUAUGUCAUCUUUCAUUUCAGGAGUCUGAAUAAUAGAAACUCUGGUCCAUAAGCUUGAGCAUGGGUUGCUCCAGUUGAGUUUAAGGAAGACCUGUGACUCAUUGCUGCCAAAGCAUUAUAUUUCCGAGAAUGCUUCUUCUCAUGCUGGAAAUCUUAAAUGAUGGCAUAAUUAUUGUAUUAUUAACUGUAGAGAGUUUUGUUUGGAUUUUAUUUAGAUUUCCUUUCAGUUUAGCUUGUACUUCGUUAAGACACCUAGUUUGUGAUGUGGCAUGGAUGUUUACUAUCAAAUAGUAAAGCUGUAAUUUAGUAAAAAUGUAAAUAUAAAAGGAAAUAUUAAGUUAAUUAAUUAUUUUGUUGUUUUGUUUUUGUUAAAGCACCAAGUGGUAUGGUAAUAAACAUCAAUUAUACUGCUGUAAUGUUUCAAUAUAAUAGGCAACAGUUUGAUUAAAUGCCCAAACCACCUGCCAAUUUGUCAAUCACCACCCAAUAAAUGUCUGGGUUACACAUGUAACCCUGUUCCCUGAGAAAUGAACAAGACCUUGUGUGAGCUCCACGCUGUAGGAAGCGCCCUCGCGCAUGACUGAUAUCUGAAGCUUGUGUAACAUCAUGCCAGUUUAUAGGCCUGCCGUGAUCAGGUGACGUAGCAAUUAAGCGCAUCACAUGAUAUAAAAACCACCUGUGAACAGCGCCGUCAGCCACUAUUAUCUGCAGCAAAAACGCAAUUCACAGACAUGCCCCAGUAUGACAAAGCUACGUAAAGGAAACUCAAAGUUGUGUGAGCUUCAUGCUGUGGGAACAACAAUACCCACUCCGUCAUACCGAGGGUAUGGCCUGUAUAAAAGUAUCCGAGCCCGAGGGUCACUGCAAGACACUCGAGCCCGGUGUGGAAUGUAUAUCCAGGCUGUAAUAUCGAAUGAAUGUGUGUGGCGUAGACCACCGUGCUACAGCACACACAGUAAGGGUACCCUUUUAGACAAAGCCUUUGAGGAGGCGACACCCCUAAUGGAAUGAGCCCUUAUGCCCGGAGGCGUAGCAAGACCCCACCCCUCAUAAAUGAUUGAGAUUGCUUCCACUAUCCAAUUAGAGAUGCGCUGCUUCAACAUAGCACCACCUCUACUGUCGCUGCCAAAGCAGACCAGCAGCUGCUCUGACUUACGGCACUGGCUGGAGCGGUGGAUGUAAGUACAGAGAGCCUUUGCUGGACACAGCAGGUGCAUUCUCUCUUGCUCCGUUGUGAUGAACGGUGGAUGGAAGAAAACCUGCAACACUACUGGCUGGGCAGCAGACGUAGGCACUUUAGGAAUAUAGUCUGGCCUAGGAUAUAGGAAGCCCUUGGCUAAUCCAGGGGCAAAGUCAAGGUAGGAAGGGGCAAGAGAGAGAGCUUGUAGAUCUCUUACUCUCUUGAGAGAUGCCAGGGCCAGCAGAAGAGCUACCUUUAGAGUCAGAAGCUUCUCUUAGGCUGACUCUAAGGGCUCAAAUGGGGCACCUGACAGACCUUCCAGGACCACAGAAAGGUCCCAGGAAGGUAUUCAUGGUCUGCAGAUGGGCCUCAGCCACCUGACACCAUGCAUAAACCUCGAAUUUAGAGGAUGUUGCCCCACAGAGGCUCCAUCAAUAAGGGCAUGGCUGGCCAAAAUGGCGGCCACAUAGACCCUGAUGUAGAAGGAGCCAACCCUGCUGAGAAAUGUCCUUGUAAGGACUCCAGUACUUUAGCUAUUGCGCUGCUCACUGGGUCUAGCUGACAUUCCUCACACCACGAGACAGAAAGUCACCACUUGAGCGCAUACAAUUUCCUUGUGGAUGGUGCUCUAGUGUUCAACAUGCUCUGUACAACUUAGCUGCGAGACCAGAAUCUUAUGAGCUGGUGCCCCUCAGGGGCCAGACCCACAGUUUCCAUAGUUGUGGCCAAGGGUGAUAAAUAAGCCCUCUGACUUUAGACAAUAGAUCACUGCGGACAGGAAUCUCCCAAGGAGUGCCAUCCAGCAGGGAUAUAAUCUCUGAGAAACAUAUUUGAGCUGGGCAAUAAGGUGCUACCAGCAGCAGACGUAGACAUUCUUGGCAAACUCUCGCUAGAAAUUGUGGGAGCAGAGUGAUCAUGGGAAAAAUGUACAGAUAUGACCUCGGCCACAUGUGCACCAUGGCGUCCAGCCCCAUUGGUGUGGGAGGAGUGAGGGCAAACCACAGCGGGCAGUGUGUUGUCUUCUUGGAGGCGCACGCAUCCACUUCCGCUUGGGUGAACCUCCGCCAUAUGGACUCCACCUCUUGUGGAUGGAGCCACCAAUCCCUGGCUCAACAGGUGGAUGGAGCCUUAACCCCUGCCUCAACAGGUUGUCUGCCCCCACAUUCCAGUUGCCCAGAAUAUACAUUGCACUCACUGACAAAACUUUCCGUCUGCCCAGAGAAGAAUUAGUUGCGCCUGCCUGAACAGGGGGCGUGAAUAUAAUCCUCCCUGGUGGUUGAUAUAUGAGACCACCACUGUGUUGUCUGUCACAACUAACUCAUGGUGACCUCUCAAUUGAGGAAGAAAGGAUUUCAGUGCUAGAAAUACGGCCUGCAUUUCCAGGUGAUUUAUAUGCCACUCCAGAUGAGGGCCGCUCCAGAGACCAUGAGCUGGACAGCUGUCUACGACCACGCCUCAGCCAGUGAGGGAGGUGUCCGUCAUUACUGUCUUGUGAUAAGGAGACACUCCUAGAGUAUGACCCAAGGCUAGUAACAGGGGACACCUCCAAAAUCUCAGAGCAUGUAGGCAUCGCCGCGUGACCCUGAUUACUCUCAGAGGUUUCGUCCUCAGAUGAAAUCCCCAACUUUUCAGCCACCAUUGAUCUGACUGCUGCUGCCAUAAGCCCCAACAGUCAUAGAGAGUGGAGGGGAUGCUGAGAUCUUUAUCUUGCUUAAUGUUGAUAGGAUUGACCCUACACAUGUUGGGGAUAGAAACAUGCUUAUUGUAAUAGAAUCAUUAUAACCGCUAGAAAAGUUGUCCGCUGCGCUGGAGAAAGCAUACUUUUCUUGAGCUUCAACCUGAGCCCCAAGCUCAUCAAGUGGGCGAGAACAACAUUUCACUGUUGAAUUGCCAGUUCCCUAGAUCGUGCUAGAAUUAACCAGUCAUCCAGGUAGUUUAGUACACAGAUGCCCUGGAGUUGCAAUGGAGCCAGAAUGACAUCCAUGCACUUUGUGAAGGUGCAAGGGGUAAAGCUAGCACAAAGGGAAGAACCCGAUAUUGGUAUGCAUUGCCUCCAAACACAAACCUCAGGUACUUCCUGUGAUUGGGCAAAAUUUCAAUGUGGAAAUAUGCAUCUUUUAGGUUGAUCGUCACAAACCAGUCCUCAAACUGAAUCUGUGGAACAAUAAGUUUGAGCAUCAGCAUCUUGCACCUGUAUGUAAGAAGAGUACAGUUCAGAUGACGCAGAUCUAAAAUUGGCCGCAUACUCCCAUUAUUCUGCGGACCACGAAAUAACUGCUGUAAAAACCUCCCUCCCCCAGGGAACAGGUACAUGUUCUAUGGCCCCUUUUCCAAGAGGGAUAUUACUUCCUGCACUAAUGUCAGGCUCUGUUCUGUGCUGACUACUGUGAUGAGCACACCUCUGAACUGGGGGGGGGGGUCGAGCUCUGAACUGGACCCGGUAACCCUUUUCUACAGUAGACAGAACCCAUGGAGACACAUUUGGCAGUAGUUUCCACAAUUAAAGAUGGUCUUUUAGUGACAAUAACUUUUCCACAUUCUAUUAGAGGGAAAGCAUCAGAUUUUCCUUGCCCUGUGAGAGCUUGCUGACCAGAGAACACUGAAAACUUGGGAGAGCCUUGGCUAGGAGAGGCCCUACAGUAGUACUGGGGGCUAACUGCCCUAACAACCUCAUGUCCCCUUAUACGUCCCUCCACUGCCCCUCAGGACUGCUCCUUUGUCUGCUUGGCCUUUAUGACCAUUCUUAGAUCAGGCCUAGUAGCAGGCCGAGACUGUGGCCACCCGGUUUCCCUGGCUGUCUGCAGGGGAAGGCGGGCUGCCACACUUGCCUUCUGUGCCUCCCUCGCACUAGCGCCGACCCGGGCUCUACUCGUGGAUGCCUGGGUGAACUCGACACAACAGGGAAGGAACUGGCUGAAUGCCGCCAUAUGUUGAGCUACUCAGCAGGUCUGCUUGGUAGGCCUGCAACACUGCCAUUGUCUGCAGUGACCUACAAACAAGACCCACUACCGCAUAGAUCUUGCCCACCAACGCUGCGGUGGCCUUACAUGCCUUGGAUGGCAACGCGCCUCCUUCACCUUUGGCAUAGCUAAAUAGCCAUGCUGUUCAUUCCCCACAAUGGCCGAAUAAUCUGACAUCGCGGUAGAUAGAUAUGGCUUAUGCAUGGUUUUCCCCAGAAGCGUGAUAUUUUGUCAUGCACUUUUGGAAAAAUGGGGAGUUUUCUGCAGUGUGAGGGAGAUUUAUUUUCACUGGGGAGAAAAAAGCUUAGCUGCUCAGUUUUUAGCACACCCUUCCGGCUCCUUGGCGUCAGAGGAGAAUUUUUUUUGGUUUCCAUAGCAGAAGGAGGAGUUGCGACGCAAGCUCCAAAAUCCAGCAGAGAGCCGGACCCGGAAGACCAAGCAAGAGAAGCAGCUCCUCUUCCAGUUCAAUACGAGAUAACCAGGACCUGAGCCGGGUGGCUGCCUCAGCAGUGGUCGGCCCAGAUCCGUGAGGCUCUGAAACCCGACUCCUUUCGGCCGAGAAGAGAGCGAGCCGCGAGUGGAGCUUGCUAAAUGUAAGGCGUUCACAAUGCGCACAGUCAGACCUAUCGAGGGCUGCCCUGGCGUGCUCCACCCCUAGACACUUCACACAGAAAGUGUCCACCCCCCAUGAUGAAAUGGGAGCAAGGCAUAACACACUUCCUGAAUUCUCUCUCACUCAUACUUUUCUCUCUCACUCUUUUUUUGUUCUUGAAAAGAUAGAGAGGAAAUGAAGAGUCUUUUUGCGAGUGUUACACAAAAGACCGACAUGCAGUCUCACUGAAGAUAAUAAGACUGAGAGCGCAGUGCACAGGUGCUGUUGUUAUAUCACACAACGCACUUAAUUGCCAUGUCACCUGAUCAAGGCAGGCUUAUAAAUAGGCACCUGGAAACCCUGGCUUAUCAGUGCAUGGCAACACUGCUUUUGUCCCUUCUGUUUCUUAUGCACUGGUUCCUCGUUCCAUCAAAUUCCCCAUGCUGAUUUAUGCACAGGUUUACCCAGUUGUCAACUUAUGCAACUGUUUCUACAAAAGUGAAUGUAUAAAGCCUAACACUUGCACAUGCCUGCAAUGAACUGCUAAACAUCAGACAUUUAAUCUGUGACCUUCACACCUCACUGUCCUGCUAGAAGCCUACUCAGUAUUAUAUUAGGCCUUUAAAUGGCCAGUAGCUAGGCUUGUGCUCUGGGCUGGGAAACUAUCCUGCUUCAAAUUGUUCUCUCAUCCACACUCGUCCCACUGGUCCCAUUUACCAUAAGCCAGAGGGAAGUGUGGAUCUCCAUUCUUUACACUUAUAACUUCAUAGUCAAAACAGAAAUAAAAUACCAUAGAGCAAAACAGGUUAACAGAAGAACAAAAGGCUAUUAGUACACUGUAACAAGCAAAAUAUGUUUUGAACACUGACUUUAUCAUUCCACUUUCUACUUAGGGUAUGUAGGCACAAGGAAAUAUUAGAUAAUAUAGCAUAUUAAUAUUUUAUACAUGGUUAACAUGAUGCUUUUAUAUCAACAUGACAGACAACUAAGUCUGUAAACAGUCAAUUAGGACAGCUCAGCUAUGUGUUUUGUGCAUGUAUCAGUUUAUUUCCACAGAAAUAAAAACAUUCCUCACAUAGAACACAUACUUUCUAGCAUAAGCUAAAUGGACUCAAGGAAGUUCCUCGUCACUGUUUCCAGUAAAUCUAGUUGUGGAGUUUUUUUUUUUUUUUUUUUAAGAAGGGCUCUACCCCUUUCAGUUGUAAUUAUUUCAGCAGUGUUGUGCUGAGAGUAAAGCUGUGUUGAGACUUGUGCACCAGCUCUGACUUCAUUAACAGCUCCUGAAUGAAAGGGAUUCAGGUCGAGGAACCAAAUUAUCAGCUCAACAAUGGCUUCUGGUUUGUCUCAACAGAUCCGCUGUCCUGUGUGUUGGAAUGAUUUAAGAGAUCCAGUGUGUCUUCCAUGUGAGCACUUCUACUGUAGAGUAUGUAUUACCGAGCAUAUGACCAGGAAUGCACCUGACACCAGAUGUCCAGAAUGCCGUAGACCUUUUACUCAGAAUGAUAUCAGAGUAAAUCGGGUUUUAAGAAACUUGGUGGAUGCAGCCAAGGACCAUCUGAGGGAACAUCAAGCUCUGAGAGAGGCAGUGUCUGUCUCCACAAGGACCACAGCCCACAACCAAGACUUCACCGAACACUGUAUUUACCACAAUGAAGAACUCAAGCUUUUCUGUGUGACAGAUCAAAAACCAAUUUGUGUUGUCUGCAGAGAGGAAGAGACACAUAGGGGACAUAAUUUUAAAACUGUGAAUGAUGCAUUUCGUGUCAAGAAGAAAAAGACAUCUGAGACUCUGGAAAAUUUGCUCAGCAUUGAAAACAUAUUGGUUGCUUUGAUUAAUGAGCAAGCUGAAGAGAUUCUGAAAACAAUGGCGAAAUCCAAAGCACUGUCAGACCAGAUCUCUGCCCAGUUUAUGAAGCUGCACCAGUUCCUGAACGACAAAGAGAGGGAAGUGAAGAAUCAGCUAAAGGAGGAGGAAAAUCAAAUCCUGAACAUAAUGGGAGUAAACAUGUUUACAAUGGAAGAAAUGUUGUCCGAUGGGGGAGAAAAACAAGGAAUAAUGAGGUCGGCUUUGCAGAUGAAUAGACCUAGCCAGUUCUUACAGUGGUGGAAUGAGAAUGGACGCUUCAUAAUUAGGGAAAUAUGCAACACAACGCAACUGUCCCUGCAGGAUCUUAGUGUUACACCUGACACCCUGUCUCUUGGUCCCUAUGAGACAUACCUACAGUUCUUUGUGUGGAAAGAAAUGUUGAGAUUCAUCCAACUAGUGCCUCAUCACCACACUGUGGAGGACAGAGGUGAUCAAAGCAUAAGCAUUUCACCCAGUGGACUCUGUAUCCAGCCCAAGAAGGUUGCAAAAAUCCAAAAAAACAAACCCAACUCACUUUGGCUAAAGACAGUGUCAUCAUGUAAAACAGGAAUACAUUUAUGGGAGUUGGAUGUGGGGAGGAAAGUGGACUGGGGUGUUGGAAUUUGUAGCUGUGAAUCAGGUAAAAUUGUCAAUGACACAGUGCUUUGCUUCAACUCAGACUCUGGCUACCACAUCGAACAGGCUCAUAAUACGGACAGAAGCACAAUAGAUCUUACAUCAGGACCUAGGAAGAUAUGUGUGUACCUGGACUGUGAAAAAAAUCAGGUCUCAUUCUAUAAUGCUGACAGAAUGAUGCUCAUUGAUACUAGAGUCCUGUCAAAACCACCACCCUAUUCUCUCUAUCUCUCCCCUGGGCUUUACUUAGAUGGAAAGAACAGCGAUCCACUCACCGUUUGUUGGUAUUAAGAGCAACAUGAUGCCUAACUGUAAAAGAGCAAGACACUGUUUUGUUAAGUAAUUCAAUUUAAUGUUUAAAAUAAAGGAGUUUUUUCAUUUUAUUUUUAUUUUAUUAAACCUACGUUAUAGCACACCCUGAAUGCUCAAAUCUGAUUGGUUAGUGGGUGUGGUUAAUUGGUUGUGGUUUAUGCUGUCUAUAACAGCAUAAACAGUUCUAUAAAUGAUCGAAUACAUAAUCGUUUCUAUACUAAGCUCAUUCACAGAGACAUACUGUGAAUUGGUUAUUGGUGAUUGGUUAAAUACACUGCAAAAGUGAAAAUAUUGAAUAUUUGCAAAAUUAUCUAAUAUUUCCUUUUAUGAGAUUAUAAUAAAUCAAAUAAAGAUUAUGCAGCCUGCUUGUAGAUGCUUGUGUAGAAGCUUUUUUCUUUUGGUAGACAAUUUUGGUUCUUCAUUUAAAUAAAUUCUUAAAAUGAUUAAAUGAUAAAAAUCAUUGUUUUGUGAACGCUCCACAACAUUACUUGUAACUAUAAAUUAGUAAAAGGUAGGACAUGACAUUAUUUUUUAAUAAUUCAUUUAAAAAGUUGUAAUCUUUGGCAAAUUGUUUGGCCAUUUCACAGCACCUGGUCACUGAUUAUUUUCCUAUAACAGCACAUCUUAUAAUUUUUUUAUUCACUACUUAGGUGCAGUUCUUAAUAUAGAUUCUGUUUAUUGCUUGCUACUUUUUAAUUGUAUUUUUUCUCUUUUUUUAUUGUAAAAUGUAUUUAUAUUUGUAAUUGUUUUUCAGUAAUAAAUAAAAUAUUGUAGUAUAAAAUAUUGUCCCUAAAGUAAAUAAAGCAAACCAUUUCAGAAUUUCUAUCCAAAACUGAUUCAGUAGAAAGUAGAAGGAUACACUUGCUAAUUAUAGAUCAAGAGGACAACUGAGCUUUAGACAGAACAGUGGCUCAUCAGUGUUAGCAUUUUAUGUUCAUGUGACAAUCCAGGCACCUGUUAUAUUUCUUCAUCAUAGACAGAAUUCAAAGCUGAUUUUUGCAACUUGCUUAAUCAGCUUUCCUGGUGAAUAAAAAGCAUAAGGGAAAUAGCAAGGAUGCUUUGAAAAUAUAUUGUAUUGGGCAUGUAUGUCUAAUUAAUAGGAAUUAAUAAGAGUAGGAAUCUGUAUGGUGUUCCUUUUUCUGUUAUUUUAAUGGCAAUGGAAGCUCUACUGUAGCACUCUUUGUAGAAGUCAAUUGUAUAGUAACAUGAGCUCCAGAUUUACUAUUGCCCAGAGUUUAUAAUGGGACCAUGCAGGUCAACGUCUGAAACAUGUACGUACACCCAAAUAUAGAAUCCUAAGGAAAACAUGUAGUGGGCGGAGGGGUGACGAACACAUGCCCAGAAAAACCCUCCAGUCUCUGCUGAAGUCCAGUGUGGUGGACUUUGCUGUCAGACAUCUGAUAGUCAGCAGCUGUUAUUAGGACCAUCGAGUCUGUUUGAAAAUAGCUUGUAGCUGUAGGACACAAAAGUUGUUGUUUGAAUCAGUACUUCACUGAAGAGUUAACAGAAACAGAAGCUGCUAUGGAUUCCCGGCUCUUCAAGCAGAUUCAGUGUUCUGUGUGUUUGGGGGAAUUUACAGACCCGGUGAGUCUGCUUUGUGACCACACAUUCUGCAGACAGUGUAUCAAUAAUCACUCGCAAACCAGCAGCCGCUUACGGCUGUGUCCUGAAUGCCGUCGACCAUAUACUAUGUGGGACCUACGAUCCAACCGGGUCCUCAGGAACAUGGUGGAUGCUGUGAAGGAUCACCUCACCGAACAACAAGCCAUAAGGGACAGGAAUGUGGCUGCUACGGGAGCUAACGGGCCGAGAGCAAGAUUGCUUAUGGAGCCAGAAAAGCUAGUGUGCCCCGACCACGAUGAGAUGCUCAAACUGUUCUGUGAGACAGAUCAAAAACUGGUGUGUCUAAUAUGUAGAGAUGGUGAUAAACACCAAGGGCACACGUUCAAACCAGUGGAUGAAGCAGCAGAACCCAAAAAGGAGAUGCUAAAAGAACCACUAGGUUUCAUAUCAAAGGAGAACAAAGAGCUGGAAGAGCUGAUUAAAAGGCAGAACAAUGAAAUCACAAAAACUGAGGAGCGGUCCAAGCAGCUUUCAGCUCAAAUCUCAGCUCAGUUCCAGGAGAUGCAGCAGUUCCUGAGAGAGAAGGAGCAGGAGGUGAAAGCACUGCUUGAGAAAGAAGAGAGGGUUGUGGUGGAGAAGAUGCAGAAGAACAGAAAUGACAUAGAGCAGAAACUAAACACUGGAAAAGAGCAUGAAGAAGUACUAAAGUCAGUCAUUGAAACUGAUCAGCCUGCUGGUUUUUUGCAGUGGUGGACCGAACAUGGCCUGGGAAUUGUUGAAGGGAUGAGGAAAGCUGACAGUUGGUCUAAAAGGAAUGAAAUUGCUUCUCAUUCACCAGAGUAUAAGUCAAGGGUUAUGGGCCUCAGUGUGACCUCUGAAUCCCUAUUUCUUGGCCCCUAUGAAACACAUUUAAAGUUCUUUGUGUGGAAGAAGAUGCUUGGCUCCAUUAAACCAGUUCCUGAUCGUAAUGUAAUAUCUGACUGCCAUGACCCAUAUUUGAGGGUUUCCUCUGACGGCCGCAGCGUGACUCGCACAGACAAGAAGGGAAUUUUCUAUCGCCAGAAAGACUACAGACCACUGGCCAGAACCCACAAGUCCUUUCAGUCUGGGCAGCAUUACUGGGAGGUAGAUGUGGGGGAAAAGAUUGACUGGAGUGUGGGUGUCGAUGGUGGUUGUAUAAGCAACUUAAAUAAAAACAUCAGGCUUCAGCUGAAACAUAACCAAGGCUACUCUAUUAAAGAGAAUAGCACAGAGACUGAUAAGGACCUGGCAGUGAAGCCACGGAGAAUAGGGCUGUACUUGGACUGUGACAGGCAUCAGGUUUUCUUCUAUAAUGCUGAAGAUAUGACUCUCCUCCAUACAUCGACUUAUUUGUCUUUCACUCCUUAUUCUCUGAGUCUGUCACCUGGGGCCUACCUACAGGGCAGGAACACUGACCCAUUGACCGUGUGCUGGAACUGAUCUACCUCAAUAAAAAAAAGAUAAUAGUGUUUAUGGAGGCUGUUUUGAGCAUUUUUUCCUGAGAACCAUGAUGAUGACGACUAUUAUUCAACUUCACGCUACUGAUUUCCACCAUUACAGGAAACCAUACAAUGCUCAAAGAUGGCUGGACCUUGAUAAAGUGAAGCAUUUUUAGGUGAAAAUGACUUGCUAAGAUUAGUGUACACUUUGUGUAUGAUGAAGCUCAUUCUGUAAGCUUGAUACGAUAAAUGCCUGUUGUUGUUUUUUUAACCUGUUGUACUGUCCGCCUUCUUUUGUAAUUAUUAAAAAAUAAAAUUGUGUAUCAUA